CAGGAAUGCAUGGACUGGGUCUCUUCACAUAGUGGAUAAUAAGUCGCCCACAUAAGUAGUAUAUAGGACCAUCAGCCAGGGCUUCCAAUCAGACAGGUGGACGUGAAGAGCUUGUAGCCGAGGACGUAUACCCUCUCUUCAACAUAGGUACUGAGCCCGGCUCCAAGUUGUAAAUACCAAUGGGCAAGUCAAGUGCACAUCGAAUAUAUGUCACGUGGUCGAUUGAAAAACACUCAGAUGUAACGGUCACAGUGACGGCACGCGUCUCAUUAAUCUCAAGACAAUACUUACCAACGCCUGCAACAUGUCCAAUGUACGCGGCCCCAUGUCCGCGCUGACGGAAUUUCUCCGGGACACUGGUAUCACACCCACAACUAUCGCUCGUCGAGUUGCGACGAGGACACCGGAUACUACCCCUGCGCAGCCAGAGGCAGGACCCAGCAACGGUGGAAGAGCCAGUCGCGGAAGAAAUACUACAGCUACCACUCAACAGGUGGAUGACGAAGAAUACAACUCUGAUAAUCUAGACGAGCCCGAAGCCCCUGCAAAGAAGCCGAAACUGACGAAGGCAGCCGAGGCCAAGGCCAAAGCGAAAGCGAAGGCUAAGUCUAAGGCGAAGAAAAAGAAAGAUGAAGACGAGUCGGACGACGACGAAGACGCGUACACGGCCCUGUCGAAGUCGGCUUGGAGCGCCACCGGACCCAAACCUGCACCUGGAAGCUUCGCUAACUGUGCGGUCUGCAAGAAGAAGUUCACAGUUACUCAGUACACGAUGGCCGCCAAUCCGGGCCCUGGUUUUCUCUGCCAUCAGUGUGCGAAAGCCUCCGGUGCAGAUCCCUUCAAGAAGUCCGCCGCGCCGCGCAAGAGGAAAGCGCCUGCGGAAAAACGGGCUGUCGUGCACAUUGAGGAGCUCCGGUUCCCGACUCUGGUCUCGCUGUGUAUCGACGUCAUUGCCAAGCAUAUUGACGAUGUGGAAGCUUUCGGAGACAUCGGGGCUCUGAACAUGGAGUCUAUUUCCAAGGCGCUGUCUAAGAAUCGAUCCCUCACCGCCGAAAAUGUGCAUCUGUUCUAUGGCGCCGAAAACACGAAACUCAUACUAUAUGACGCGACAAAUCUUACUUCAGACGCGUUCAUCACAUUGGGGCACCUGAAUCCGAAUCUGACCACCCUGCGUCUCGACUUCUGCGGUCCGCUUAACGAUGCUGCCAUGGCGAUUUGGACGACAAGCAUGCCUCGUCUUUCCUCACUGGAGCUUCUGGGACCAUUCCUCGUGAGGGAGGCCGCUUGGAUCGACUUUCUCAAUGCGCAUCCCGAUCUCGAAAAUUUCUUGAUCACCCAGAGCCCGCGAUUCUCUCUGCAAUGCCUGGAUGCACUGAUAGGGACCUCCAAGACGACGCUACGGCAAUUGCGCUUGCGCGAAGUCGGCAAGCUCGACGAUGAUUUCCUGCAGCCCAUCGCACAGAUCUCUGCGCUUGAGUAUCUGGAUCUCGCAGAGCCCUCAACAUCUUUGUCGGAUGAAGCUGUCAUCGACUUGCUGGCCACAGUAGGGGCCUCGCUGACGCAUCUGGACCUUUCUGGACAUCGAGACCUGACGCACAGGUUCUUCGUUGAAGGGAUUGUGCCAAACGUCCACAGCCUGAAUUCGCUUCUCCUCACAGACAUGACGGACCUGCUGGACUCUGACGUGGCUGCCUUCUUUGCGGAAUUCGAUAACCCUGGGCUUAUGCGGGUCGACUUGUCCCGCAAUCCGGGUCUGGGCACAGAAUCACUUGCUGCGCUCGUCGCCCACUCCGGGACGACAUUACAAGAGCUGAACAUCAACGGGUGGAAGGACACGGCUGAGACAUCGUUGAAUCAACUCGUUAUCGCGAAGGCGUUGCGGAUCUUGGAUGUGGGUUGGUGCCGAUCUGUGGAUGACUUUCUCGUCAAAGAUCUGGUCAAGUCGUGUCCGGUGUUGACAGAGUUGAGAGUCUGGGGGUGUAAUCGAGUCGAGGGGAAGUGGGGCCCAACACGCAGAGGCCUCAGAGUUCACGGAAUCGAAUCCCAGAUUGUCGCAUAGCUUUUUUAACAUCAGCCAUUAUGUACGUAAAGUAGUAACGGAAAUGGCACGACUAUCAGAAAGCCCUCAAAUCUCUUUCACCUAGCGUUUGUGCAACAACGGUCAGCUCGAACUCGUACUAGCUGCGCCCGCUCGGGAAACGACUGGGACGUCAUUUGAUUGGUUAAUGGAUGCUGGAGCCAUAGAGAUGCAGCUCUUUGAUGCACUCCGGUGUUUUACGUGACUGUCAAAUAGACAAAAUACACGAGUCGUUCUUGGAAUUGGACUACCACGUAGGCGUAGUGCAUUUCGCUCUCAACGAAUGGGCCAUGGACCUGACUGGGUAAGGAGCCUCUUUUGCCGCCAUCCUAGUAGACUGACAAGGAGUCAGGGGGGAGGGUUACCGCACGAACUGUUACUGUGCAUAUUUCGCGAUGCUCUUCCUCCGCGGUGGCUUUUGACGGCAAGCCAAAAGUUUCAAACUGUGCUCCAUCCCCUUCAUUUCGUAUUCUCCGAUCGACGGAUGAAGCUCUCGAUACUCAACACCUGUAAAGCUUGGCACCAGGUCGGACUCGAGCUGUUGUACGAGUUUGUUGCAAUCCGGCAAAUCAAACAGCUCGUUCUAAUCGUCGAAGCUCUUACGAAUCGGCGGGACCUGCGCUCCCUGGUCAAGACCGUUGAUAUCGACUGCUUCAUUCCUGCAGGAUAUGCUGCCCUGUACACGACCGAGAUCGCUUUCCUCGUGGAGUCUUGCCCGCGACUGCGUUCCCUUGGUUUCAGCGCCCCACCAUAUCUCCUGCCCUGCGCUCCAUGCGUAAUUCCGUCCGUCAGCAUACUUUCGCGGAUCAAGUCUCUGCACCCAGGCCAGAACGUGCCUUUCCGCUUGUUGCUUCCUAUACUGCAACAACUUGCGCCGGAGUUGGAGUCGUUGGGGUCAGUGAUGCCUGAUUAUGAUUUGGGUCAUGAUCACAGUCUCGAUUUCCCGAAACUGAUCAGUCUCCGCCUGGAAUCUGUUAUACCAAAUGCUGUGUUGCCCAGUUGGCGCAUGCCUGCUCUCCGGCGGCUUGUCUUGCGCGGGCCCUACGCGGAAUCAGCGCCAGCGAUGACCCCCCUACUCGAUGCCUUGGUUCGCUUUGGAGGGCAGAUCCGAUUCUUACGCCUGCCCGACCAAUUUGCCGACCGCAAUGCACUCGACCAAGCCAUCCUCAAAGCCUUCGCUGCGUGUCCUAUGCUGCAACAUCUCGCCUUCCAAAAUUCUGAUCCCAGCUCUUGGUACAUGGAAUUGCCGGGCGCCCAUCCCCGACUGCAGGUCGUCGACAUGAUCUGCAGGAUGGAUCUGCCAGUCAGACUCGAUUCGAACACAAAGCGCAUCAGGCACGGCUUUCCCGCUCUGCGAAUUUACCGCAUCUUCGAUACGGUGUUGUGCCAAGUCCGGGAUCUACCGCUGUGCUCAGGCUCCGCCGCCGACCAUGCUGACUGCAAUGCGAGAUGGGAUACUGGGCUUGGCUCCCCUGACCCCGAGCAGCCUGAUCGUCUAACAUCCGGCUGGGCGGCAUGUCGCACGGUCAGGGAGGAGGUUGAGCCGGGUCUGUGGGUGAUUGGAGACCGCCUCUUCAAUAUCUCAUAUUCAUUCGGAGAGUUUACUCCCGCCCGGACGGUCGAUGCGGUCUGCUACCCGACAUCUGUUGCUUCGACAUUGUCUACCGUCCCCGAAGGAACUGAUUCCACCGAUUUUUAUGAAGGGUACGAGUACGAGCACGAUUGGCGCUCGAGGGCCGGCCUGUACGUUUGGCACCCGAGUAUCUCCCCAAACGGUUGGUACCCGACUAUCGACCCAAUUGGUUGGCACCCGAGUGUCGACCUCACGGAGACCACAGGAGAUGAAGGAACUGGUUCAGCCGAUUUUUCUGAAGAGUACGAGGACGAUUGGCACGCGAGUGACGAUCUCGUGGAGACCGCAGAAGAUGAAUGCAUCCUGGAACUAUCUCACGCCGAUGCCCUGCAUGAAU